AUGGCCGAAGAAGCUCAAAAAUCAAUUUAAGAAUAAUAUAAAGAUAUCAUAGAAAAAUACGAUAUUUGUAUGGAUGCACCUCCAACUUCAGAAAUUUUACCUUCCCAUAAAUUCAUCAUAAUUAGACAUGGAUUUAGUUAACACAAUCUUUCUGAAAAAGAAACAUUAUAUGACAAACCUUUGAAAGGAAAAUCAGAUCCUCGCUACAAACAAUUGCAUAUGGAUCCAAUAUACACUGAUAACCCACUUCAUCCUGUAGGAAUAUAAUAAUGCCUCAAUCACCAGAAGUAUAUCAAUGAAAUAGAUUUUGAAAUAGUAUUUGUAUCUCCUCUAUAAAGAGCUCUUUAGACUUGCAUUUAUCUAUUUGCAACACAUCCAAAUAGAUAAAAUAUCAAAUUUGUGUUGAUGCCUGAAUUGUAUGAAUGUCUUUGCUCAAGUGGAUGUUUUGGUCCCAAUACGCUUACAAGCUUAAGGGAGAGCAUAAAUAAACUUGCAGAUUAAUACAAUAUUAAAUUAGACUUCAGCUAAGUAGAAUAAUUAGGAAGAUACUGGCAAGUAAAAGUAUUGGCAGACGAAAAUCUGUCUAAAAAUUUAUUGGAAUAGAUUAACUUAGAUAGUACUAAUGAUGAAUCAGCAUAUUAAAAAGUAGUUUAUGAAGCGAUGGAAAAAACCUCAUCAUUUUUUUUAGAAACUUGGAAAAUGUUAUUUUACAGAAGCAGAAAGGUUAUUUAAAAAUUGUAAGAAUGUGAAAAAACUGCUUCCAAAGACACUAAUAAGAAAAUUGGAUUAGUUUCUCAUGGUUUCUUGAUAAAAUGUCUCACUGCUAGUAAAAUAGAAGAAAAUGGAAGAAUAGAAGAAGGUAUAAUUAUGAACAAUUGUUAACUACUCCCAUAUAAUUUUGAAGAGUAGCAAAAAGAGUAGAUUAAAAAUAAAGUAAAUUUAUGA